AUGUCUUUUGCGGAGUCUACUACGUUAGGAAAUACACAAUAUGAAUUAGAUGCAGGGAAUACAUUUGCACCAGAUGCAGUAUUUAAUGAUAGAGUAAGAAAAUUCCAAGAAUUUUUCGAUAAUUAUGGAGUGUACAAGGAGGAAAUUACUAGAAUUCAGGCAUAUAAUAAUUCUGUAUCUUUGAAUGAUAAAGAAGAAGGUUUUGAUGAUGAUCUAGAUUUAGAUAAUGAUAAGAUUAAUAAAAGCAAAGAAACAAGCUCUACAUUUAAUAUAUUACCGCAAAGAAUUACCAUUUCAUUAGACGAUUUGAGGGAGUUUAAUAGAGAUGCAUGGAUUGGUAUUUUGACACAACCUGCUUAUUUUAUUCCACCUGCAGAAAGAGCCUUAACUGAGAUGGCAUCUACUUUAGAAGAUGCUCAAGUUAUAAGAAAGAAUGGUUUUAACACUGAUAAAAUAGCAGCAAAUAAGCCCUGGAAAUUAGCGUUUAAGGGUUCUUUUGGGGCUCAUUCAUUGACACCAAGAACUUUAAAUUCACAAUUUCUGAAUAAAUUAGUAUCUAUUGAGGGAAUAGUUACAAGAACAUCAUUGGUAAGGCCAAAGUUGAUUAGAUCUGUUCAUUAUGCAGAAAAAACUGGUAGAUUUCACUAUAGAGAUUACACAGAUGCGACAACAUCAUUAGUAACACGAAUUCCUACACCAGCUAUUUAUCCAACUGAGGACCCAGAUGGUAAUAAAUUGGCCACAGAGUACGGGUAUUGUACAUAUAUGGAUCAUCAACGUAUCACAAUCCAAGAAAUGCCAGAAAUGGCUCCAGCCGGUCAAUUACCUAGAUCUGUUGAUGUUAUUCUUGAUGAUGAUUUAGUAGAUAGGACAAAACCAGGGGAUAGAGUUAAUAUUGUUGGUGUAUUUAAAUCUCUUGGUGCUGGUGGGUUGAAUCAAAGUGAAUCAAAGGCACAACAUGGGUUUAGAACUUUGAUUAUCGGUAAUGCAGUGUAUCCAUUACAUGCACGUUCUACUGGUGUUUCAGCUAAAGAAGUGUUGACUGAUUUUGAUAUUAGAAAAAUUAAUAAAUUAUCUAAGAGGAAAGAUAUUUUUGAUCUUUUAUCACAAUCUUUGGCGCCAUCAAUCUAUGGCCAUGAACAUAUUAAAAGGGCUAUCUUGUUAAUGCUUAUGGGUGGUGUAGAAAAGAAUUUGGAAAACGGUUCACAUUUAAGAGGGGAUAUCAAUAUUCUUAUGGUUGGUGACCCAUCUACUGCUAAAUCCCAAUUAUUAAGAUUUGUUUUGAACACAGCAUCUUUGGCAAUUGCUACUACAGGUAGGGGUUCGUCUGGUGUUGGUUUGACUGCAGCCGUCACUACAGAUAGAGAAACUGGAGAAAGAAGACUGGAAGCUGGUGCAAUGGUUCUUGCUGAUCGUGGUGUAGUAUGUAUUGAUGAAUUUGAUAAAAUGACAGAUUCUGAUAGAGUUGCUAUUCAUGAAGUCAUGGAACAACAAACAGUGACAAUUGCUAAAGCAGGUAUUCAUACCACUUUGAAUGCACGUUGUUCUGUUAUUGCUGCUGCAAAUCCAGUAUUUGGACAGUAUGAUAUCACUAGAGAUCCACAUCAAAACAUUGCUCUUCCUGAUUCAUUAUUAUCUCGUUUUGACAUGUUGUUUGUUGUUACUGAUGAUAUCAAUGAAAUUAGAGAUAGGUCUAUCAGUGAACAUGUCCUAAGAACUCACAGAUAUUUACCACCAGGUUAUCUUGAAGGUGAACCAGUGAGAGAAAGACUGAAUUUAUCACUAGCAGUAGGUACUGAUGAGGAAGAUGAGUUAAAUGGUAUCAAUGGUCAUGAUGGAGCUAAUGAUGAUGAUGAUGAAGAUAAAGGUGUUUUCGAGAAAUUUAACCCAAUAUUACAAGGAGGUGCAAAGUUGGCCAUAAAUAAAGGUAACUACAAUGGUAAUAAAGUUCCACAAUUAGUAACUAUUCCAUUUUUAAGAAAAUAUAUUCAAUAUGCAAAGGAAAGAGUUGUUCCACAGUUAACUAAAAGUGCAGUUGAUGUUAUAGUACAAAAUUAUGCGGAGUUAAGAAAUGAUGAAAAUACCAAAAAAUCACCAAUUACUGCAAGAACAUUAGAAACUUUAAUCAGAUUAGCAACAGCACAUGCUAAAGUUAGAUUAUCAAAAACUGUCACGAAAAAAGAUGCAAAGGUAGCAGCCAAUUUGUUAAGAUUUGCUUUACUAGGUGAAGAUAUUGGUAAUGAUGUAACAUAUGAUGAAGAACUUGACAAUGAAGAAUCAGGUACCAGAAGGUCUCCUAAGAAAUCCCCAAAGAAAAGACAAAGAGUGAGACAAUCUGCAAGUACAAAUGCUACUCCAUUGAGAACACCAUCUUUGUCGAUGUCAUCAUCAAUGGUAGCUACACCAUUAAAGUCACCAAGUAAGUCUAGUGCAAAAUCAAGUCCUCGUAGAAAAUUGACAUUUGGUCAGUUACAAGAAGAGGGUCACUCAGAUGAUAUAAACGUAGACCGUGAAGGCAAUAAUAUGAUUCCAUUACCAAGAGAUGAAGAAGAAGAAUUGGGGCAAAAGUUGGAAGCUGGAUUAAGAAUGUCUCCAAGACGUAGAAAGAAUAUUUUAUCAUCGCUAAAUGGAAAUGUUAAUCCACUGGCAGAAAGAACAGGUACUAAUAUACCUAAUGUCACUCUUGAACCUGUCACACCUUCGGCAAUGUUGCCAUAUGAAGAUAAUGAGAAUACCUCAGUAUCAAUGGGCGAUGUAGAACCGGGUUCAAUUUCAACAAGUAGGUUAUCACUUAUCUCUGGUAUAAUCGCUCGUUUGAUGCAAACAGAAUUAUUUGAAGAUGAAUCAUAUCCAAUGAAUGCAUUACUUGAAAAGAUUAAUGAAGAGUUGCCAGAAGAAGAAAGAUUUUCAGAGGAAGAAUAUCUUGCUGGUUUGAAACAAAUGGCAGAUAGAAAUAAUCUGAUGGUUACAGAAGACAGAAUUUGGAGAGUUUAG